UGAAUGAAUGAACUGUUUGAAGUGUUAAUUUAAGUACUUUAGUUAUUAGGCUUAGUCUGAAGUCAGCCAGUAACUCAAUAUCUUUGCACAUGACAUCUUUGCACAAUUCAUUGCAAUACCUUAUAUAACUGCUGCUAUUAUAUUAACUGUUUAUUCCAGCACCUUUACACAUGUGCUAUAAAAUAUCCAGUAUAUACACUGGUCAGCGCUGCUUUUGUGUAUUGUCUUGUAGUGUUUUGUAUUGUUUGUUUGCACUGUCUUUUGUCUCGCACUGUUUGCACCAGGUGGCACAGAUGCACUUUACAGUGUCUAGGACUAACUUUCUCUAAAUCCUUAGCUCUGUGUUGUUCUAUGUAGCACCAUGGUCCUGGAGAAACGUUGUCUCGUUUCACUAUGUACUGCGUCAGAUAUAUAUGGUUGAAAUGACAAUAAAAGCUUCUUGACUUGACUCUUGAUUUGAUUAGCCAGGGGAGUCAUGUUGAGCAACAAAAGCAGAUGGGCUACAAAAGCAGAAUACUACAUUAGGUUCCACACUGGUAAUUCAAGAAUGAGAGCCUGAAUCUACAGUGUGCAAUCGCACCAUCUUGGACAGUUAAAGGUCAAAAAAUAAAACGCAAUAUUUCUCCGAAUUGUGGUUCCAAUGAGCAGGACUUAUGGGGCUCAUAUUAAAUUGACAUUAUUAUUAUUAUUAUUAUUAUUAUUAUUAUUAUUAUUAUUAUUAUUAUUAUUAUUAUUAUUAUUAUUUGAACCAGGUUUAAACCAGCAACAAUAAACUCUGCUUAUUUACCAUUAGAGACAAGCUCAGAAUCAUUUACACUUGCACUAACAGCAUCUCGUUUAUUUUGUUAUUAUAUUUGUUGUGAGAUUGUGUGUAAAAAGGUGAAAAAUAUUAAUAGGCAUUCUUUAUUAAUAAUUAUUUUUAUUUAUGAAAUAAUAAACACAUAUUUCUUAUUUAUAGGUGUAAAAAUAUCCGAGUUUCUUGAAAGAAGCACAAGUAAUUCUGUUAUUGUUCAUUUAGUUUUCAAUUUUUAUUUACAUCCAGGUAUUUCAGAAUAACAAUAAGAAGAAAAUAUCAAUUUCUUGUAAAUUCCGCUCAAGGUAUUUAUGGUUGACAAAUCGAGGGGACCUCAGAAUAGAGUCUAAGCCUGGCCCUUUAGUAUACCAUGGAUGAAUAUUAUUGCUUUGUACUGAUAAAAAGCACAUCAAGAAUAUAGCAUGAUACAUGUGGCCUAACAUUAGGUGAGAUAAAUGUGUGAAAAAUGAAAGAUGACAUUUGCUGGAGCUGCAUAAAUGGAGAUGGUUAUCUCAUAGAAAGUCCAAGCUGAGGGAAAUAAAGCCUAAUCUGUCCUCUGUGACUAAGCUAAAAUGGGCAUGGAUUAAGGAAUUAAGGAGGCCAGUGCCUAUAAGAUCCAGUGAACUUUUGUAUAUCUAUGUAUUUCAAACCUGCAAUUGAUGAAAGCAAAUAUUAAGGCUUGAGCUUAGCCCAAGAACUGAUCUUCUCUUAUAUGAUCUUCACAGAACAUAUAAUAGGCUUGAUUGUCCAGAUAAAAUGUGAUUAUCAUUUCCAUCCUUUUAGCUGUUAUUAAUUAUUUCACUCAAGUCACUUUUACUUAACUUUUUCUUUAUAAACUCUUUCAGGGAAUCAUUUUCACGCUCCUGAAAGUUUCAUUACUCAUAAUCCACUUAUAUUGAAAAAUAUUGAACAGUAAUGUUUUCUUGAAGUGAUUUUGCUAAGCUAUGAUCUACUGUAAUAUUAGACACUGAGGAGGAAUAUAAGCCAGGAACAUUGUCACAAAAGAGGGUCAUGCAGUGCAUGAGAAUAUGAUGUUCAAAAGUGGGGAUGAUGUAAAAACAUAACUCUGUCUUUUGGUCUAUUAUCACAAUGGCCUUUAAAAUACAGUAGGGAUGAAGCCUCCAGCUGGUGUACAGAACUAGGAGAAGGAGACUAGAGAGAGUGGGAGGGCAUGGACAAACAGGUGGGAUAACGACCUCGACAGCCAUCAUGUGAGGUGACUGGGGAAGUGCUGACUGAGGCAACCUGAAACAAAGUCUCCAAAGUGGCCAGACUAUCCUGGACUUGGGUUGGCUCAUGCUGGCACACAAAAAGGCCAUCUCAGUCAGCGGUCCACUCAAUCGAUGAAAAGAUAAUUCCCCCCGCGCAGACCUCAUGCAAUGCUGGGGCCCGUUUGCAGACCCUGACAGAGAGAGAUCAAGCAGAAAGGAUAUGAGUGGGAAACUUCAAAACCCGCUCAUGUUUCUGGGUCCGUGAAAGGAUUUGUAUAACACAUUCACUUUUUGAUGGACUUUCCCAUGUUUCCCUGGACAGCCCUUUUUGUGGAUGUGUUUGAAUAAAGUUUCUCUUAUGUUUUAUCUUUUUUUUUUUUUUGAGAAAGUAAACGCUAUGUGUGAGCUUGUUUUGCAGCAAUGCUGGCCAAUGCGAGGUCAGUCAGUCUCAUGCAGCAAGUGGAAGCAUAUGGAGUACCGCUGACUCCUCGGCUGCCAGGGAAUCGGGUGCUGACAUGGAACAUAUAGGUUUGAUUCUUUUUCUGUUAUCUAAAUUAUUAAUAAUUAGAGCACAGUUCAAUGGAUACAACUGUGAUGCCAACUUUCAUAGCCGUUUUCCUGCUGAGCGGGACAUCAGCGUGUACUGUGGAGUACAAACCAUCACUCUUAAGAUUAACUUCUGCCCGGUGCUUUUCUCUGGCUACAUUGACACUGACUUAGCCCUAAAUGGGCGCCAUGGUGAUGCCCAUUGCCGAGGGUUCAUUAACAACAACACCUUUCCUACAGUAGUGUUAUUCAGCAUCAGCCUUAGCACAUUGGAGGCCUGUGGCAACUUGCUAGUGGUAUCCAAAGCACAGGGUCCCAAUGCGUAUGGGAACCUUUCAUUGGUGCAGAUUGGGAAUAUAUCAGGGUACAUUGACACACCUGACCCUCCUACUGUCAUCAGCUACCUGCCUGGACUCCUCUAUAAGUUCAGCUGCAGCUAUCCACUGGAGUACCUAGUGAACAACACUCAGCUGGCUUCGUCUGCCGCAGCGAUUUCAGUAAAGGACAGCAAUGGUACAUUUGUAAGCACACUGAACUUACUGCUAUACAAUGACUCCACAUACGUUCAGCAUCUGGCAAUCCCAAUGGAAGGCCUCACUCUGAAAACUCGUGUGUUUGCUGCGGUCAAAGCCACAAACUUGGACAGGAGGUGGAAUGUGCUGAUGGAUUACUGUUACACCACUCCAUCUGGGAAUCCUAAUGACAAGCUCCGAUACGAUCUUUUCGUUGGGUGUGACAAGGACCCUCAGACAACAGUGUUUGAAAAUGGAAAAAGUCAGAUGGGACGUUUCUCCUUUGAGGUAUUCCGCUUCGUCAAGCACAAGAAUCAGAAGAUGUCCACUGUCUUCCUGCAUUGUGUGACCAAGCUGUGCCGCUCAGACGACUGCCCAAUGCUUGUGCCGAUUUGUGGAAUGCGUAAGAAACGGGAUGUUCCAGAGAGUUCGGAGUCUCAUGCAGUAUCGGGAAAUGCUGUUAUAACUGCAGGACCCAUUAUCACUAGGAGUGAUGAAACCCCAACCAACAACUCUCAGCUGGCCCCGCUAAACAGUAGUCCAUUCAAGAUGACCUCUGUAACGAGUGCUCUCAUAUCUGGCAUUAUCAUCCUGGCUGUAAUGAGCAUGUGCUUCUUUAUCUUCUCUCUGACGCUCUUGAAGGGGAAACGCCCACCUCCAACGCCACUGGCUGGGGCUCACAAUCCAGCUUUCAGUUAAAUAAACAGACACAGAUACACACACCAGCUUACUGGUGCAUUCUGUGGGAAUGUUGCAUUUAAGUUGGUAAAUAUGAUGAAUUUUGGUUAAUAUUAUUAAACAUAUGUCUCAUAUGGAAAUUUAUCACGAUAGUUUUUGUGAUUUUUGACUAAAUAAUAAUGACAGGCUUUUGUUAGGAGCAGACACUAUCUAUAGUCAUAAACAUUAUACAGAGAUUAUACAGAAUAUAUAAUAUAGAACCAACAUAAACAAUGCAUUUUGAACAGCCACAUACUGUAGCUAAAAAUGCAUACAGUUGGACAAAAUUUCACCCCAUAGAGCAAUCCAAUCUAAAAGCUCCCCAGGUAAGAUAUUUACACCACUAUUAGGAUACAUAUUUACCUAUAAAACUAGUCAAUGUAGUAAACAUUUACGUGUAGUGCACAACGAUUCCAGUGAAACAGCACAUUUUAGACAAACGUGCUUCAUCAGCUGUGUAAGCAAUGUACACUGCAGUUAUGUCUGGGAUUCUGUCAAUAAAACUAUAGUCUAAAAAAUCUAUAGUCAUAUACUAUUGUAUAGCAUAAUCUGAAAUAGAGAACAGGUUUGAAUGAUACGAAUCAUAUUUGUUGUACAUUUGUUUAAAUCAGUAAGCAAACCUACAGCUCUGUUUAUACAGGUAUUUAAGUAACAGCGUGGAUCCAAAUCUGUGAGAGUGAAUCUUAACUUAAAGUCAAUACCUCAGUCUCUCACCAUCUGAUUGCAGGGUGUAGGAUCUAUUACAUUUCCGUGCAUAGACACAGGUACAUUUUACACUUCAUUUAUCACAUUGUGCCACAACUAUUAGGCUGCAAUAAAGUCAAAGUGCAAGAUAUAAGGAAGAGGGAAAGAGGGACUAGGUAUAACACAUCAUGAAGGAGACUUGCAGCCUGAUUGAUGUGGUUGC